AUUGCUUGAAAGAUGGCCUGAAAUACAUCUAUUUCCGGGACUUCGUUCAACACCACUUCCCUCCAGAAAUGUCGGAUGGGCAGCGGUUAGCGACAGGCGGGGAAGGAUUCGAAAAUCAGCACGUUCAUCCAAGUUCAUCCAAGAGACGGAAAAAGGAUGAAGACCGCACUCGAGUGACACGUGCUUGUGAUCGUUGCAAACGGAAAAAGACCCGAUGUACGGGCAAACAACCUUGUACACUCUGUACUCAAGCAAAUCUGAGCUGCGAAUUUACAGCAGCAUACAAUCGUGGCAGGCUUCCGUCGGUGAUACCUGACGAUAAUGUACGAGAAAUUCUUCCAGAGAAGGCAGACACCAGAGGUACAGUCACAGGAUCUCCAGGUCUGCUGACUGAAAAUCAACGGGCACAAUAUGCUGGCAUGGAAUUGCUUCUACAGGCUUCUCUUCCAAAUGCACCUGUGGUUCUCAGCCCCGAGCCUCGCCCAAAUACUCUUGUAGAACCAAUGGCUCAGGUGCUUCCCACUGGUCAACAGAUGAUCGAUUCAAGAAUGCAUUCAUCACGCAACUCUCCUGAGCCUUCACAGACGGAUUUGCAGGGCCAUUAUGUCGGGCCAGCUUCCGGCGUUUCUUUCCUUUUACGGGUGCAAAAGAAACUUCAUCAGAAAGUCUCAUUCUCUCAAAGCUCUAGUAUCUUUACGUUUGGAGAUGCCCCUUUACCGGACUUCAAUCCCUCUUUUUUCAUCCUGCCUUCCCAAAACGACGCCGAAAAGCUUGUCGCACGGUAUUUUGACUUUGCGGUACCGACUCAUCGAUUUCUUCAUCAACCAACAAUUGAAACUUGGUUGCAAGAAUUCUACGAGAAUCUUGGGGUAAUGCGAGGCCGUGGAGCAGGGGAGCGGACGGCUGUCCUUUUCAUGGUGAUGGCACAGGCAAAAGAUUACAUGCCUGAUCAAGCAAGCACCCCAGCCGACACAAGUGCUCGCUAUUUCCAAGCCGCGGAUCAUCAGUUAUCCACGGAAACUGGUGAGAUUCGGCUCACAAGCGUUCAGGCUCGACUUUGCCAAUGCUUCUAUCUGUUGUCGCAAUCCAGAGUUAAUCACUGCUGGAGCCUGUUCGGGACAACUGCUCAUCUGAUUCUUGCUAUUGGUAUACAUCGCAAGCGAAGAGUAGAAACAUCAAACGGAUCUGAUCUUAUUGACUUAGAGUGUCGAAAGCGAGUCUUUUGGUGCGCUUACAGCCUUGACAACUACUUGAGUGCUGCUUUGGGAAGACCAAGGACUUUUCAUGAUGAUGACAUAGAUCAGGACUUCCCAACUUGCGUUAAUGAUGCCGAGUUAACCUCGCAAAAGAUGAUUAGUAACAUAUCAAGAGCUCAGUCAAUCAUGGUGGGCCCUAUAGCGCAUGCAAGGCUAUCUAGAAUUGUCAGUAACAUUCUACGUGACCUAUACGCUAUACGAGCCCCUUCUCCCGAAGCCAGAGUUACCCUUACCGCAAAAUACUCUGCAGAACUAUUGAGCUGGCGAGAAGGUCUGUCCAGAUUCCUUGGUACGGAUGGUGUAGACAGUUCUCUGCUUCUUCCCGUCUAUCAACGUCAACGCAACGUUCUCAACUUGGCUUACCAGCAUGCUCUAAUAUUGGUCCAUCGUCCAUUCCUGCUUAGCAAUUUUGCAAGUCUUAGCGGCAAAAGUUCGAGACAGCGUGGAGCACCAGGCACUCCGGAUAUGGAUAGAAAAGUCUCAGCUUGCUUGGACGCGGCCAUGAAUAUUGUCACUAUUGUUAACGACCUUGCCGAAGGGAAGCAGAUCUUCAGGGCAUUUUGGUUCACUCAAUACUUUGCCUUUUGUGCAGUAGUCGUCUUAUAUGUCUAUACAAUUCAACAACGGAAUUCGCCCAGAGCAAAAUAUCUUGCGUACUUCCAAGCCGCAGCAAAAUGUCAAGCCCAAAUAAGCUCGAUGGCGAUAAAGGAAUCCUUAGCUCAGCGAUAUAGCGUCGUUCUAGAAGAGCUUCGUUUGGAAGCCAUGAAGCAGACAGAACGACUUCACGAAUCCAACGCAAACGUUCCAAGCAAUUCUCUUGACUCUAUCUCGGGGCCUCAGACCACCAACGCCAACGGGACUUCUUUGCAUGACAUUGGUGGCCUUGAUUUCUCAAUACCGAACGAUAUUUGUGGAAGUGAUGGACCCAGCGGUGCCACUCCGUCGAGUCUGAUGGCCGAGCUGACAGAUUGGUCGUCUUUCAAUUCUCUUGUGACAGCGGGGAUGGGUAAUUUGGAUUUCUUAUUUCAAGAUGAUCAAAUUCAGCACUGGGAAAUGAGCACCAUGAAUGAUGUGGGCGGAGUUUUGCUGCCCUGAUGGAACCACACGCGAAUCGAUUUGUGAGAAACACGUGAUUCGUCCCAACUGGUUGGAAGCAUUACCUACUUCAUGCUUAGAGCAAGAAAGCAAAGCAGCUUAUGGCAAAUACGGCUUUACUAAUCUCUGUGAAGAAGAAGCUCCACGUCU